AUGUGGACAAAAUUUAGCCCUUCAAAAAUCAUAAAUAGUACCAAACUUUCUCAAUCAAUCUUAGCUUGUUCAACUUUUGCAGAUCAAGAACAUGAAAUUAUUAGAAAGAAACACAAAAGAAGCUUCAAUGUUAAUGAGGAAUACCUUUGCACAUUGAGGACCGAAUCCUUCGCUGAAUUCUUCCUAAAACCUGAAUCCAAUGUCCAUGAAUCGCCGCCGUCCACAACCUCCUCCUCCUCCGCCGCUGAUUGCUGCUGGAGAUUCUCGGAAACAAUCUUGUUGCAGCCUGGUCAGUUAGAAGCCGUUCCUUCAAUUCUCGAAUCGUCGUUUCUUCUGAUGUUACCGGAGCUUAAAGGUCUGUUCGUCGAUUAUUUCAAUCUCAGUGCCCAAGCUUCAGAUCUCUGCACUCGUCUUCUCGCGAACUUCAAAUUAACUCGAUCUACAUCCCGCUGCAUUCAAGAAUCGCUCGAUUCGAUCGAGAAAUGUUUUUCGUCCGAGACAGUUGAAUCAAUCGCCUCUAACCUUCUCGCAUUGAGAUCGCCAUUUUCCGAUCUGGAAAAACGUGAUUUCGCGUUAAUCCACGACGAUUACACGACGAUUUCUCAUCGACUAAACUGCACGAGGAAGAAGGUAGCGAGAAAAAUCAGAUCGAUGAAAAUCAUGGAUGGAAUUACCUGUGGAUUGAACGCUAUUACAACUCGCACUCUGACUGACUUAGUAAAGGCAGCAGAUCGAGGUCCAGGAGUUUUCGGGAGAAAGCUUCUCCGACAUGAGAUGCUUAGAAAUGGCGGUCUUGAGAAAGUAGGAGAAAAACUGGAGGCGGCGGCGAAGGGGAGUUAUAUACUGAAGAGAGAGUUGGAGACGACGAGUCGACUAGUGGUCAGGCUGGGCGACGCGGUGGAUAAUGGGAAGGCGAUGGUGCGGUUGUUUGGGGGAAGGAAGAAGGAGGAUAAAUUUGGAGUGGCGGUGGCGAUGGAUGAGGUGAAGAAGAACAAUGCGAACAUUAGAAAGCGAGUUGAAGAUGUUGAAGAGCAUUUGUGUUUGUGCAUUGUCGCCAUUAAUAGAAGCAAAGCUUCUGUGAUUAACUAAUUGUUAGAAGACUACAAAAUUAGGGAUUUGUUUGGG